UGUCCUUAUGCCAAGAAUAUGUACAGUCAGCCGGAAUUACGUCACCGAAACCAGGGCGGAAGUGAUCGUCCCUACUGCCCCCACACCGUGCCAGCCGAUGACGUCCUGAAUGUGCGCCGGAAGUACCCAGUGUGCUGAGCUGGACAUGAGCUGCGGCAAUGGCGCCUAAAGGAAAAGUCGGCACGAAGGGGAAGAAGCAGAUCUAUGAGGAGAACAAGGAGACGCUGAGCUUUUAUCUGCGAAUCAUUCUGGGGGCCACUGUUUUGUAUGGAGCCGUCAGUCUGGGGUUCUUCUACACGUCAUCCACCUUCUGGAGCUGGACCUCUCUGGUGUUCAGUGUCGCGGUGUACGGCGCGGCGUAUCGCUCCAUGCGGGGGAUGGCGCAUGCGUCCUUCUCAGAAGAUGGAAGUUUGCUGGACGGGGGAAUUGACCUGAAUAUGGAGCAAGGAAUGGCUGAACACCUGAAGGAUGUGGUGCUGCUGACGGCCAUUGUGCAGGUUCUGAGCUGCUUCUCUCUCUAUGUCUGGUACUUCUGGCUGCUGGCUCCUGGACGGGCUCUCUAUCUGCUCUGGGUCAAUGUUCUUGGCCCCUGGUUUACGGCAGACGACUCCUCCACUGCGCCACAAGAACAAAAUGAGAAACGCCAGAGACGUCAAGAAAGGCGACAAAUGAAACGUUUCUGAGGCCAAAAAAUGUUUUUGAAUAAAUGUUAUUUUUGGAAUGACUGCUGCCCUCCGAUCUGGGACCUGGAGCUGUUCUGGAAACAGACUAUAAAUAUUCUAUAAUCAGGGCUCAUAUCUGAUGAGUCCUGGUGAUCGAUGUGCAAUGAUCGGACUUCUCUAUUGGCAGAUCACAGUGAUCCAUAUUGUUAUGUAUAAGCCAAUGAUAUGCUGUUUACAAUAAACUCAUCAGAACAGAAAUCGGGGAACCA